UCAUCUUGUGCAUGAUUUUCACAAUGAGAGAAGUUGAAAUUAUGGCAAACCAAGAUUCUGGUGAAGUCCCAACUGCAAAAGCAGAAGAACAAGGCGAUGAUUCGAGUUUAUCCAAGAAGAAUGCGUCGUUUUCGGGCUUAUUUUACGCAGCCGAUAAAUGGGAUUUUUUGUUAAUGUUGUUUGGGAGCAUUGGAGCUUGUAUUCAUGGUGCUGCACUUCCGGUUUUCUUUGUUCUAUUUGGUCGUAUGAUAGAUUCUUUGGGUCAUUUGUCUACACAUCCUCAUAGUUUAUCUUCCCAAGUUUCUAAGAAUUCUUUGUACUUGAUAUAUCUUGGACUUGUAGUUUUCAUAUCUUCAUGGAUCGGUGUGGCAUGCUGGAUGCAGACCGGUGAAAGGCAAACAGCACGUUUACGUUUCAAAUAUCUCCAAUCUGUGUUGAGAAAAGAUAUUAAAUUUUUCGACACAAAAGCUAAGGAUCAAAAUAUACUUUUUCACAUCUCUAGUGACGCAAUUCUUGUACAAGAUGCUAUAGGCGACAAGAUAGGGCAUGGUUUACGGUAUCUUUCGCAGUUCUUUGUCGGGUUUGUGGUUGGAUUUACGUCUGUUUGGCAACUCACACUUCUCACGUUGGCUAUUGUUCCGCUCAUAGCGUUUGCUGGUGGCGCUUAUACGAUGAUCAUGUCUACUUUAUCGGAGAAAAGUGAGGCUGCGUAUGCUGAAUCGGGGAAGAUUGCUGAGGAGAAUAUAUCGCAAAUUCGUACCGUAUAUUCAUUCGUGGGCGAGAACAAAGCAAUCGAUUUGUACUCUAGAUCGCUUCAAAAUGCACUUAAAUUAGCGAGAAAAAGCGGAUUUGCAAAAGGAAUCGGUAUUGGCUUCACAUACGCACUCUUGUUUUGCGCCUGGGCGUUACUACUUUGGUACGCGGGCAUACUCGUCCAACACCAUCACACAAAUGGUGGCAAAGCAUUUACAACAAUCAUCAAUGUCAUCUUCAGCGGAUUUGCUCUUGGACAGGCUGCACCGAACCUUGCAGCCGUCGCUAAAGGUAAGGCUGCUGCAGGAAACAUUGUAAGCAUGAUCAAGGAGGAUGUUGACACUUCUAGAAAGUCAAAGACAGGGAUGGCUUUCUCAAAAGUUAAUGGAAAUAUUGAAUUUAGAGAUGUUUGUUUUGCUUAUCCAUCUCGGCCAAAUACAGUUCUUGAUGAUUUGAGUUUUUCUGUUGGUGCGGGGAAAAGAAUCGCGAUUGUUGGUCCAAGUGGUUCGGGAAAAAGCACCAUCAUUUCGUUGAUUCAAAGGUUCUACGAACCGACCUCAGGGCAAAUAUUGUUGGAUGGCCAUGAUAUCAAGAAUCUACAGUUAAAUUGGUUAAGAGGGCUCAUGGGCCUGGUUAGUCAAGAACCAGCAUUAUUUGCAACAACUAUAUCAGAAAACAUUCUCUAUGGUAAACCGAAUGCCGAUAUGAACCACAUAAUCCAAGUCUCCAAAGCUGCAAAUGCGGAUUCGUUCAUUCAACAAUUACCCGACGGUUAUCAAACCCAAGUCGGAGAAGGUGGGACUCAGCUAUCCGGAGGUCAAAAACAAAGAAUCGCUAUCGCACGAGCCACACUUAGAAAUCCCAAGAUUUUACUUCUAGACGAGGCUACAAGUGCACUAGAUUCCGAAUCAGAACUCAUUGUCCAACAGUCGCUAAACACGGUCAUGUCAAACCGGACCACAAUCAUCGUCGCACACAGAUUAUCAACUAUUAGAGACGUUGACACGAUUAUUGUUUUGAAAAACGGUCAAGUGGUCGAAAAGGGUACCCAUUCGGAUUUGGUCGCUAAAGGCGGAGAGUAUGCAAAUCUAGUAAAUCUACAAUCAUCAGAACCCACAAGUACAAAAGUUCAAACCAGUGUUACACAACAUUCAUACUAUCACAACUUUGACUCCUUGACCACGAAAACGGUCAACCCAGAUGGCGAAAACGAAUCUUUAUCUAGUUCAACCAAGCACACCCCGUCGAUUUGGGACCUUGUUAAGUUAAACAAACCCGAGUGGCCUUAUGCAGUUAUGGGAUCUUUAGGUGCAAUUCUGGCCGGGAUGCAAGCUCCUCUAUUUGCUCUUGGGAUUACUUACAUUUUGACAUCUUUUUAUUCCGGUCAAAAUUCUAAAAUCAAAGAGGAUGUAGAGCGUGCAUCGUUUAUAUUCGUUGCAGCUGGGGUUGUUACUAUCCCUAUAUAUAUGUUGCAACAUUAUUUCUACACGUUAAUGGGCGAACGCCUCACUACCCGAGUCCGUUUAUCCAUGUUUUCAGCUAUACUUACAAAUGAAGUCGGUUGGUUCGAUAAGGAUGAAAACUCGACAGGUUCACUUAUGUCGAAACUGGCCGCCGAUGCUACUUUAGUCAGAAGCGCGUUGGCGGAUCGGUUAUCGACAAUCGUACAAAACAUAUCACUCACAGUGACUGCAUUUGUGAUAUCUUUUGUAUUGAGCUGGAGGAUAGCAUUAGUCAUUGUUUCUACAUUUCCCCUUCUAAUUGGAGCUUCAAUAACUGAGCAACUCUUUUUGAAGGGAUUUGGUGGAGAUUACACAACAUCAUACUCCCGGGCUACGUCGAUGGCUCGUGAAGCCAUCGCUAACAUCCGAACCAUUGCUGCAUUUGGUGCUGAAGAAAGAUUAUCAAGUCAAUUCGCCACAGAACUCAACCUGCCGGGAAAACAAGCCCGUAUUCGUGGCCACAUAUCGGGUUUCGGUUAUGGUUUUUCACAACUCCUCGCCUUCAGUUCAUACGCGCUCGGUCUUUGGUAUGCUUCGGUAUUGAUCAAACAUAGAACUUCCAAUUUUGGUGACAUUAUUAAAGCCUUCAUGGUUCUAAUCAUCACCGCGUUGUCAAUAGCCGAAACACUCGCUCUCGCACCCGACAUUGUGAAGGGAACACAAGCACUCGGGUCGGUUUUCGAGAUCUUGAACCGAAAAUCAGCCAUAAAUCCUGACCAACCGGAUUCGUUGUCGGUAAAUCGUAUCAAAGGGGAUGUAGAAUUUAGAAAUGUGAUUUUCGCAUACCCCACAAGGCCGGAUGUAUACGUCUUAAAUGGUUUGAAUUUGAAAAUAAUGGCGGGAAACAGUAUGGCGAUAGUCGGGCCAAGCGGGUCAGGUAAAAGUACAGUUAUCGGGCUAGUAUCGAGAUUUUAUGACCCUGUAUCGGGGUCUGUAUUCAUCGACGAUUUAGACAUUAAAAGGUUGAAUUUAAAGUCGUUAAGGCGAAGAAUCGGGUUAGUACAACAAGAGCCAUCAUUAUUCUCGACAACGAUAUACGAUAAUAUAAAAUAUGGAAACGAAGAGGCUUCGGAGAUAGAGAUCAUAAAUGCGGCAAAGCUUGCGAAUGCUCACGAAUUUAUAUCCCGAAUGCCCGAAAGUUACAAGACGGAAGUGGGUAAUAACGGGGUGCAAUUAUCGGGUGGGCAAAAGCAAAGGGUUGCCAUAGCUAGAGCCGUGUUAAAAGAUCCUUCGAUUCUUCUUUUAGAUGAAGCAACAAGUGCUCUUGAUACAGCCUCAGAGAGGCUGGUUCAAGAAGCACUUGAUAAGUUAAUGGAGGGAAGAACCACCAUUCUAGUGGCACACCGAUUGUCGACAAUACGUAAUGCUGACAGUAUUGCGGUGUUGCAAAACGGAAAGGUCGUUGAGUGCGGGACCCACGACACGUUGGUUGGCAUGCAUGGGAGUGUGUAUUCACAUUUGGUUAGUCUUCAGCAAGAGAGAAGCAUACAAGCUGAGAGUAUAUAGAGAUUGUGCUACAUGGGUAUAUAGAUUUUUUAGUAAACCGGAUGGUUUCAGGCCAAUGACGGGCCGGUUUGCUAGUUGACCUCUUUAUGUAUAAAUAUAUUUUUUAAAGGUAUGCAUAGUUUAAAUAGGUUCGGAUCAAUAUCGGGUUAAUCCUCUCACACGUUUAAUUAAACGGGUUGGUUUCGGCUAAUGAGGGAUUUAUGAGUUAACCUCUUUAUGUAUGAAGAUAUUUUUAAAGGAUUAAGAUGUGACAACUUAAAACUA